AUGUCUUAAAUAAGCUGUAAACGUCAAUAUCUUCAUCGCGUCCUCCUUUCUCCUUGAAACAGGAAUCAUACAGAAAGUUGUAUUUGUCAACUGUAGAGGCGUACACAAAUGAUCUGAAAGCAUCAAUCAAAAGUCAAACUGAAUUCCACCCUCUUACUACCCAUACCAAGCCUGGGUGAAAACAGGUGACAUCUUCACAAGUCUUCUCAUGCAAGACGGACGGAAGCCAGUUGAAGACCUUGACAUGGAAAGAGAGGAAUACCUCCGCCGGUACGGUCAUGUGAGUGGAAAGCCAAUAAAAUAUCCUCAAGAGAUGUUUCUUUCAAAUACCAAUACUGACGAAGAAACGAAUCCCAAAUUUGUUCUUGUCACCGGGAAGGCAGGGAUUGGUAAAACACUUUUUUGCCAAAAGUUGAUUCAAGAUUGGGCUGACGACAAACUGUUUCAAUCUCAAACAAGUCCUCGCAUCCCUAAUUUUAAGUUCACAUACCUGCUGACUUUCCACCAAUUGAAUUUACUGGGAAAGGACCACGUUUCGAUGAAAGAAAUCCUUAACCAAUCAUCAAUGUUAGAUGUCCACUCAAGUAUCGAUGAAACUUUAUUUGAGUACAUGGUUGAUCAUCCUGAAGAAGUCUUGAUUAUCAUUGAUGGGUAUGACGAGCAUUCACAACAAGAUUUCAUCGCUAGUGACUUGGAUGACCAGUACCCGAAUAACCCUCAUGAAGAAAUGCCAGUAGCAGCCCUGUGUGCCAAGCUAAUCAAAGGAAAGCUCUUGAGAGGCUCAAGUGUUCUGAUAACGUCAAGACCCGACGAGUCCGACAAAAUUGAAGGUGGUCAAAUCAACUUUGAUCGAUACUUUGAAAUUACAGGGUUUUCCGCGCAGCAGGUGAAGGAGUAUGUUGGAAAGUAUUUUAGAGAAACCGAAGAAAUGAAGAAUGCUGUGAUGGAUCACAUUACAAAGAAUGACAAUCUAGUCAGCCUUGCCCGCAUUUCAGUUCUCUGUUUUCUGAUGUGCUCAUACUUUGAGUAUAUUCUGGAAAACUCUACGAACACUGAUGCUCUUCCAGUCAACUCAAGUGACAUUUAUUUUGAAGUGAUUGACAUGUUUUUAAAUUAACAUCACAGGAAGGCCUCAACUUCCCCUGAAGAUACUCUUGAAAAAUCAGAGUUGGCGGCUCAAUUCCUCCAAGAAAAAAAGUUUCUCUUCACUGUUGAAGAAAUGAAAAGGUUUACUUCAGAAGAAAUUGAAAGGCUGAGAGCAAGCGGUCUUCUCCAUUGCGGUCCUCAGUUUAGGAAAUCUUUUUCAGAAACGACAAAAUAUUUUUGUUUCACCCACCUAACCCUCCAGGAAUACUUAGCAGCUCGUUGGCUCGUGAAGAGAAAAGAAAUUCCCCCAAGAAGAUAUGUCACAGAUGUUAUUUCAGUCUAUGUCCGGCAUUUUAUCAAAGCAAAAGGACAGUGCCUUCAUGGAAGAAUUGCUUCAUAGACUAAAUCAGAUGUUUGGACAUGGAUUCGGUGGGGAACUGCUGCGAAUGAAAUGUCUCACUGAGUAUCAAGAUUUAGAGUUUGCACAACAUUUCGUAAAGAUACAUCAUAAUCAAUUUUGUAAUGAUGAGGACGGAUUUAAAUUGAAUGACUUGUCUGAUGUAGACUGCAUUUCUUUGUCUUUUCUGUUAGAAGUUCUGAGUGCAGUUAAUGAAGACGAAUCCAGUACAAAG